UUUGUAUGUGUUUUUACACGUUUUGUAUCAGCCGAAUUUCAUUUCAUCAUUAUUCGUGGAACAAAUAAUCUAAAUCAAAUUUUUUUUUUUUGUUAUAAACCAAAUUUUCAAAAUUAUGGCUGAAGAUUUUGAUGUUGAAGCUUUACUUGAAGCAGCUGUCGACGGUGAAAGGGAUUUUUCGUACAAUAAUAAUAAUCAUCAUCAUGGAUCAAAAGGUGAUGGCCACAAUAGCCGUGAUGCGGAUCGUUCAUCGAAAAAUAAUGGAUAUAGUAAAGAUGUGGAUGAAAAACGGAGUAAACAUGAACGAACCAAAAGCCGAAGUGAACAUCAUCGGUCACAUGAACGUCGACGUCGAAGUAAUAGUCGCGAAAGGAGUCGCCGAAGUCGUAGCAAAGAUAGGAAACGAUCGCGAAGAUCUAAUAGCCGCUCAUCCAGUAAACAUCAUUCCCGAUCAUCGAGACAUCGAUCAAGUCGAAGCAGAAGUCGUGAUCGAAAACGAUCGCCUGAUCGUUAUUCAUCAAGAGAUCGACACCACCGUCGAUCGCCUAGUCCGCCCAAAGAAUUGCCGUUAGAGGAAAGAGAUCAACGUACCGUAUUCUGUAUGCAAUUGGCCGCCCGUGUACGACAUAAUGACAUUGAAGAAUUUUUCAGCAAUGCCGGUAAAGUCCGUGAAGUUCGAUUGAUCAUGGACAAUCGAACACGUCGUCAUAAAGGCAUAGCUUAUGUUGAAUUUGUUGAUAUUGAUUCAGUUGGAAGGGCUAUUGCUUUGACAGGAACUCGUCUUUGUGGCGUACCAAUCGUUGUACAACAUUCACAAGCCGAAAAGAAUCGUUUGGCCAGUAUGAACGCAUCACAAGCAAAACAACAUCAACGUAUCCAGCAGCCGAUAACCGGGCCAAUGAGCUUGUAUGUUGGAUCUUUACAUUUUAAUAUUACCGAAGAAAUGCUUCGCGGUAUAUUUGAACCAUUUGGUAAAGUGGAAAAAAUUGAAUUGUCACGUGAUACCGAAACUAAUCGCUCAAAAGGGUAUGGUUUUGUUCAUUUUAAAGACGCUGAUGAUGCUAAAAAAGCUAUCGAACAAUUGAAUGGUUUUGAAUUGGCCGGACGGCCUAUGAAAGUUAAUUAUGUUACAGAAAGAUCUACAUCAGAUAAUCAUCAUUCACAUCAUCAUCAUCAUCAUGGAGCUUUAGAUUGUGAUGAAUUAGAUAGAACGGGUAUCGAUUUAGGUGCCACAGGACGAUUACAAUUGAUGGCUAAACUUGCCGAAGGAACAGGGAUUGAAUUUCCAAAAGCAGCAAUGACAGCUUUACAGAUGAGUGGACAAUCGGUUACAAAUGGUUCAGUCAAUUCCAAUAGUGGUCAACAGAAUAACAAUGUUCCCAUUGCUACACAAUGUUUUUUAUUAUCUAAUAUGUUUGAUCCACGUACAGAAACGAAUCCAAAUUGGCCCGAAGAAAUAAAAAAUGAUGUAAUUGAAGAAUGUCGUAAACAUGGUGGUAUCAUACAUAUUUAUGUAGAUCCAACAUCAAAUGAUGGUCAUGUUUAUGUUAAAUGUGCAUCAAUUUCAUCGGCAACCGCUUCUGUUAAUUCAUUACAUGGACGAUGGUUUGCAGGUCGAUUGAUUACAGCUGCAUUCGUUCCCGUGAUUCAUUAUCAUAAUCUAUUUCCAGAAUCAGCCAAUACAACUACUCAUCUAUAAGAACAAAAAAAAAAGAUUAACGCUUGUUUUUCAUCGAAAUAUACAGUACAAAUGAAAACACUAAUUAUAAUAAUAAUAAUAACCUCAAAAAUAUUUUUAUCAUAAUCAUCAUCAUCAUCAUCAUUAAUGAUUGUUUGUUUCUUUAUUUUAUACAAAUUUUGGCUAUGAAACAUGAAAAAAAACACUAAUUUUUCUCUGUUUAAUAAUCCUUGAGGAUUAUUAUUAUUAA